AUGAAUGGAUCAGUGGUCGCCCCGUUUCCAGAAAAACAUGGUGACGAUAUCACGAAGAAGCUUGCGAGGAAGGUUUCCGUGGCCAUCAUAAGAUUUUUGUCGUCUGUUGUGAUCUGUUAUCCAAGAAAACUUCACACCGUUUAUGAAAGAGGCAAACGGCUGGAAGAAUUACCCAACGAAAUCCUUCUCAAAAUCCUUUCGUAUUGUGAUUUCACAUCCAAAAUGAAUAUGAGAGCUGUGAACUAUCGGUUGUACACUCUGGUGGAGACAGGAGCCUUCACUCUGGUCCGAAGAAAUCUUAUAGGCGGUGUCGAAAUUAUGGAUGGAUGUAGAAGCACCGAUAAUACAUUUGACACCGGCAUUCCAUCUUCUUAUUACUCAAGCUAUCAUCUCACGUUGUCUCGACCACUGAAACGUGUGCAACUUUUGGUGCCAGCAGCUCGCCUUACAAAUAUUAUGAGACAUGUAUCUGUAUGCCACUCGCUGAAGUUGUGUGGCGUUUCACUGGAUGAACCGUUGGCCACGAACAUACUUGAAGCUUCAUUCAGAACUAUAAACGAUGUGACAAUCGACCGUGUUCAUACUGUCACUGCUGAAACUCUUGGCAAGCUUGUCCGUAAAGCACAUCCCUCUAAAAGCCUCGUCUUCUGCAACCACUCCACUUUACAAGCAUCUGAGGCGAUUGUCCCUGACUUACUUCUUUCUUGUACCGCGAGCAACAUUGCCAUUGAGCCGAGUGUCUCUUUGGCGAAUGCGGUCGUACAUUCUGUUUCUGGUUUACUGCUUCUUGAGAGUACUUGUGCGAGGUACUUCCACAACUCUCACUUGCUCAUCGAGACCACACCUAACCAGACUGGCCCUUAUAGCCUUACUCAGGUCGUCUGUAAUGAAAGAUUGUAUACAACAAUUGAGUUUUAUGAGCCAAAGAUGGACGAACUUGAGUUAGGCGAUUUGGAGAGCAGUUUUGAAAGAUUACUGAUUGAAUCUGAUGAUGAUAUAAUGGAAGCUGCAGAAAGUGAUUCUGUCUUCGAUGAUGCGUUAAUGGUGUCCGCGGAUAAGGAUUCUGAUACAGAAAGUGAUGAGACAUUGUCGGUGUCAGAUAGCGAGAGUCAAGACGAAUGGUCAAGCGACGCCGAAGCUCACGAUGACUGGGAAUUUUUUCAGCAGUUUGGUCCACAUGAUCAGUUAUCCACUUGUCACGAACCAACUGACUUCUACCAGUUAUAUUUGAACAGUGAAAUAUUCUCACCAAUUGUCGAAGAAAGGAAUAAACAGGGCAAGGCGAAGGAUCCUGAAUUUCUUGACACGAAUGUCGCAGAAAUCAAAAAAUUCAUUGGAUUAUGUAUACAAAUGGGAGUAGUGCACAUGCCUAGGAUAAGAGAUUACUGGAGUUCCAGACCUGCAAUUGGCGGGAAUUCCAUUGCUGGGAAAUUCCACCGCUUUUUCGAUGAUGCAGCUCUCGUUCGCCUAGUUAUCUCAGACCAGGCAAUUCGUCGUACUAUUCGCCUGCCUCUGUGCGCUGUCACUCACAACGGUAUAAGUAAAGCCGCUCAGGCGUUCUAUAAACGAUGUUGCGAUGUAAUGGCUGAGGUCACCGCCGAAAUGCGCGCGCCGCAGUGGGAAAUUUUCGUUUCUUUUCCGUCGUCGAUGCUAAUAAAGCGGGAUAUGAUCGAAGUUCCGGCUGAAAUGCGAGGGCAAUGCACAGUGUGGGGCUAUCUUCCGUAUUACGAAGACAGUUUUGUCGUCGAGGUACGCGUAGGUGGAAUGAAUCUUCGAAUCGUUGUGGAAUCCCCUUGA